AUGUCAUCACAUCUCGGGACCGGUCGUUUGAGGUUUAGGUUCUGCAUCCAGAGCAAGAAUUUUACUAUCAAUGCUACUGUUCUGAUUGAUUUGCUAAAGCUGCUGUUUCCAGAACUCACCUCUGACUUUGUGGCACAAGGGUGUCUGGCAAAUGGUGUUUUUGAUGUGUUUUCUUCCACCGAUUUCUUCGCUCAUUUCCAAGAUAUAAAUUCGUUUUCUUUCACGAUUUUUAACACGAGUCAACAUAUCAUAUUUCCUUUUGGCUUGACGCCCAUCACCUAUUACUCAUUGAUUCUCUAUUUUGCUAGAUCAACAUACACCAUGUCGACGGUCAGUUUGACCAUUGGCUUGGCCGCCAUGUGCCUUGUAUCUGGUAUACAAGCACAUGUGGUGAUGCACACUCCCGAAUCAUACGGCCUCCACGAGGGCACCCCACUCCUUCAAGUCAACCCGCUCGAUGGCGUCACUCACAAGCACCCUCGUUCAACUAAUAAUUUCCAUCACAAUGGACUCACUGUCAUGGAGGCUGGAAAUGUCACCAACGUCAAUUUUACUGGCGGCGCUCAACACGGAGGCGGCUCAUGCCAGUUCAGCAUCACGUACGAUACUCCCGACAAUGGACAGUUGAACGAGAACACAAGGUUCAAGACUAUAUACAACAUCAUCGGGGGCUGUCCGGCGCAGUUUACGAAUGAGAUGGCAAACCUACCUGCGCCAUAUCAUGAUGCUGAGCAACGACUAGACACUGAGCAUUGUGGUAAUGACACUGUGACACUGAAUUUAAUGGCAUGA